AUGAAUCCCAUCGACAUGGACACUACGACCACCCGACCUCAGCUGGAUGAGGGUCUGUACUCUCGUCAACUCUAUGUUCUUGGUCGUGAUGCCAUGGAAAAAAUGUCACUCUCUAAUGUUCUGAUUAUAGGCCUCAAGGGUCUCGGUAUUGAAAUCGCCAAAAAUGUUGUUCUUGCUGGUGUCAAGUCUGUUACGCUACACGACUCUGCUCCUGUACAGCUGAGUGAUCUGUCUUCUCAGUUUUUUUUACACGAUUCAGAUGUGGGCCAACCAAGAGAUAAAGUGUCCUGUCCUCGUCUUGCAGAGCUCAAUGCAUAUGUUCCCAUCACUGUUCAUCAGGGUGCUCUUGAUGAAGCAGCUUUACGCCAAUUUCAAGUUGUUGUGCUUACCGAGUCUUCUUUGGAAACACAGCUUGCCAUCAAUACCAUUACUCACAAGCAUGGCAUCAAGUUUAUUUCUGCCAACGUUUAUGGUCUGUUUGCUGCCACGUUCAACGACUUUGGUGACCAUUUUGUUGUUGUGGAUCAGACUGGCGAAGAACCUCUUACUGGCAUGAUUGCAUCCGUUGGAAAGGAUUCUGAAGGUGUGGUUGCUUCUCUUGAAGAACAGCGUCACGGUCUAGCUGAUGGUGACUAUGUGACGUUUACCGAGGUUCAGGGGAUGACCGAAUUGAAUGGUAUUGAGCCUCGUCAAGUGACUACUACGGGUCCUUAUACUUUCAAGAUUGGAAAUACUAGCACCUUUGGAACAUACAAGUCGGGUGGUAUUUUCAAGCAAGUCAAGAUGCCAAAAACAAUCUCCUUUAAAUCUCUUGCCGAAUCGCUCAAAACUCCAGAAUUUUUAAUUUCGGACUUUGCCAAAUUCGAUCGUCCUGCUCAGCUGCACGUUGGAUUCCAAGCAUUGGAUGCAUUUCGCAUCAAACACAAGCAACUUCCUCGUCCUCGCAGCUCUGCUGAUGCCGCAGAGUUGAUGGAGUUGGCUAAAGUGAUCAACAAGGCAACUGCUAAUCCUUGCGAAUUAGAUGAGAAGCUGAUCCAUGAAUUAUCGUUUCAGGCUUGUGGUGAUCUUCCACCCAUGUGUGCCGUCAUGGGUGGUUUAAUUGCUCAAGAAGUCUUGAAGGCAUGCAGUGGCAAAUUUACACCUAUUUAUCAGUUUUUGUAUUUUGAUUCUCUUGAAUCUCUUCCUACUAACAUCAGUACCCUUUCCGAAAGUGAGUUUGCUCCAAAAGGCACUCGAUAUGACAAUCAGAUUGCCGUUUAUGGUGCCGAAUUUCACGCCAAGAUUGCCAACUCUCGACAAUUUCUUGUUGGUGCGGGUGCUAUUGGCUGUGAAAUGCUCAAGAACUGGGCCUUGAUGGGUUUAGGCACAGGUGCUGAAGGUUCUAUUCAUGUCACCGACAUGGACACGAUUGAAAAAAGCAACCUGAAUCGACAAUUUCUUUUCCGUCCAUGGGAUGUUUCCAAGCUUAAAUCAACUUGUGCUGCAACUGCUGUUGAAGCCAUGAAUCCCCACACAAAAGGCAAAAUUGUUUCUUUAGCCGAUCGUGUUGGUGCAGAUACUGAGCAUGUCUUUAAUGACGUUUUUUGGGAAAGACUGACCGGAGUCACCAAUGCUCUAGAUAAUGUCGAUGCUCGCAAAUAUGUGGACCGUCGCUGUGUGUUUUUCUCUAAACCACUGUUGGAGUCUGGCACUCUGGGCACAAAGGGAAACACUCAAGUAGUGAUUCCUCACUUGACCGAGUCUUACUCAUCGUCACAGGAUCCACCUGAGAAGUCGAUUCCCAUUUGCACACUCAAGAAUUUUCCAAAUGCCAUUGAGCACACUAUUCAAUGGGCCAGAGAUAUGUUUGAGGGAAUGUUCCGUACUCCAGCAGACAAUGUCAAUCUAUAUCUGAGUCAGCCCAAUUACAUUGACAAUCUGCAUCGACAGGGUGGUAAUCAUGUUGAUACUCUGCAAAGCAUUCUUGCAUUCUUGGUUACUGCCAGACCAUUGUCUUUUGACGAGUGCAUUGUUUGGGCUCGCAUGAAGUUUGAGGAGCAUUUCAACAACACCAUUCAGCAGCUGUUGUAUAAUUUUCCCAAAGAUUCGGUAACAUCUACUGGCAUGCCAUUUUGGUCAGGACCCAAGCGUGCUCCGACAGCGGUUGUAUUUGAUCUGAACGAUCCAUUGCAUUUUAACUUUGUGCUGGCAGCAGCGAAUCUUCAUGCGUUCAACUAUGGAUUAAAAGGAGAAACCGACAUCAAGGUGUUUCAAAAAGUGCUGACGACUAUCAUUGUUCCCGAAUUUGUUCCCAAAUCUGGUGUCAAGAUUGCCGUAUCUGAAGCUGAAGCAGCCCAGCAAUCAGCAGGGUCGGCCGAUACCGACUUGGACAAAAUAGUCAAGGAACUCCCAGCGGCAUCUACUUUUGCUGGAGUGAGACUCAAGCCAGUUGAAUUUGAAAAGGAUGACGACACCAACUUCCACAUUGAUUUUAUUACUGCUGCAUCGAAUCUCCGAGCAAGCAAUUAUGCUAUUGAACAUGCAGACCGAAGUAAAACCAAGUUUAUUGCGGGACGAAUCAUUCCAGCUAUUGCUACAACCACGAGUCUUGUUACUGGACUCAUCUGUCUUGAACUGUACAAGGUGAUUGAUGGUAAACGCAAAAUGGACGACUUUAAAAAUGGAUUUGUGAAUCUUGCACUACCCUUUUUUGGAUUUUCAGAGCCGAUUGCAGCACCCAUAUUCAAGUACAAUGAUGUCAACUGGACUCUAUGGGAUCGAUUUGAUAUCAAAGGGGAUGUAACACUUCAACAACUAUUUGAUAUUUUCAAAAACGAACAUGGUUUAGAAAUCACUAUGUUAUCGUGUGGAGCGCGAAUGCUAUACUCGUUCUUUAUGCCGCCAAAAAAGGUUCAAGAAAGACUGGCAUCAACAAUUACAAAAGUGAUUGAAGAAGUGACCAAAAAGCCGUUUCCAACGCAUACCAAAUCACUUGUGCUCGAGGCAUGUGUGAAUGACAAGACUGGAGAGGAUGCGGAUAUUCCUUACAUUCGAGUUGUUCUGGAAUAAAACACAUGGCAAUAUCUAUGCAGAAUGAAUAAGUGUUGAAAAGUGUUGAGAAGCU